AAAAAAUAAACUCUAGUUAGACCAAUUAAUAAUGUUUAUUCCCUCAACUUUGAAGAUUAUAGUGGGAACAUGGAUCUGUUUGGAGAGAUAGAUGACAUUUCUUCUGAGAGCGAUGAGGACCAGCCAACACCUAUCCCAAGACAGCCUGUUGGCGCACGUGCCGCCCCUCGGAACCAGCACGUGGAACGGCGUAUUUCUGAAACCAGAAUGAAGAUAGAGGUCCCCAGCAUCAAGUCUGACCUGGGGGAUGAAUUGCAUUUUGUGAAGCUGCCCAAAUUUCUCAGGAUAGAAUCCAAACCUUUUGAUCCUCAGCUUUAUGAAGAUGAAUUUGAAGAUGAGAAAGUGCUUUGUGAUGAAGACAAAACUAGGUUAAAAUUAAAGAUGGAAAACACCAUACGCUGGAGAGUAUCCCAGAAUGAAGAAGGCUACAAAAUUAGAGAAAGCAAUGCUCGCAUGGUGAAGUGGUCAGACGGAAGCAUGUCCCUGCAUGUAGGCAGUGAAGUGUUCGAUGUCUACAGAGUCCCAUUGCAGGACAGGCACCACCACCUGUUUAUACGGGAAGACACUGGCCUCCGCGGACAGGCGGUUUUCAAAUCCAGACUUACCUUUAGGCCUCACUUCACAGACAGUGCCACCUAUAAAAAGAUGACUCUUUCAUUUGGGAAUGCAAAUUCAAAGACACAGAUUAGAAUCUUGCCGAUGUCUGGUCCUGACCCUGAGUGGCCACGCACGGAUUUAAUCAAGGGGGCAGUAUACUGGGGACACCCCAGCAGAGGGAUGAUGGUCAAGGAUGGCAGCAACAGUGCUGGAUCUGUGCGACCUGAGGAACAAGCCUUGUCUUCCUCAGAUUGCAGUCAUGAGGAAUAUGAAGACGAUACAGCCAGAGGAUUACUCAAAGCCAGGAAACUCACGAGCGACAGAGGAGAUAAACCCUCCAGAAAGAGGCCAAGGGAUGCAGAGGAAGACUGAAGUGUUAAACAUGCACCUGUGUCUAGCAUAUUCAAGUUGUUAGCUUUGUUUGUGCUGGGCUUGGGUCUAAGGCAUGGUGUGCUGCACAUGCGCCCUACUACUUAGGGGCACCCUAGCCCUCAGACCCAUUAAAGACAGAAUGAUUGUUUUGACCUACAUGAUCCAAUGAGAUGGGCCACAUGGAAACCCCUAAAUUCCAUCCUCUUCUAUUGUGUGU